AUGCAUCGUAAAGUCAUGCUGCCCGUUCUUGUGGCAUUUGUCGUUGCUGUGGUGGGAAGCUCGGCGGUCAAAGCUCAGGAAUUCGCGGGCUGCCCUAUCGUGGACGACAAGGGGGCCAACGUCACUUUUCUGCCGAACCCAUACAACUGCACCACGUUCUACAUGUGUGCUCAGGGUCUCCCAGUGCUGAUGGAAUGCCCUGGUGAUCUGCGCUUCAACCAUGCACUGAACGUGUGUGACAACCCGUGGAAAACUGCCUGCAUCGAGCUCCCUCUCCCCGAACCCGAGCUGCCGACCACUGAAGCGCCCGUGGUAACCGAGAAGAUCGUCAUCACGAAAACCGUCAAGGAGGUCUACCAACCCGUCGACGACACUGCUUAG